AUAGUUACAUAAUUGUCAUCUUAAAAUUCAAACCAAGACAAAAAAGAGGGCCGUGGGCUGCAGGAUGGGUCAGAUUGAUUUGUUUUCUGUGCCCCGUGGCGUCAAACUGCAGACUUGAUUACAGAUUAAUAACAACAAACACGUAUUAUGCAUGUCUGACUGUAUCAGACUGUGACAGAUCAGAUGAUGGUAUCUGCCAUGAUGGCUGUAUGAAACUCUAAGAGCAGCAGCAGAAUUGUUAUUUUUCCAUCUGAAACUCUUUGAUACUUGUUUUGUCUCAGCUGCAUCGGGCACAGAUAUUCGGUGGUGAAUGAUUUGAGCUUCCUUGUAUGAUGUAUUCAACACCCCGCCCCUUUCAAAUGAAAGCCCCUUUACAGUGAUAUAAACUGCCCUUGCUGUGACACAGUUGUACGCACAAUGGAAAGUUUCACCUUAUUAACAGUUUUGCUUCUCUGCAGCCUCAGCUGGAUCUCUGUCUCAGGUUCUGAGUCUCACACUGUGGAGGUCCAGCCUGGUGAAGAAGUCACACUGACGUGCACCAACAUUUCCAGCACUUCGACUCUGACUGAAUGGUUCAGACUGAUCAACAGAACCAAGCCCAGCUGCAUCUCCUCCAUGUACGGGGCUGAUGCCAAAGCUUUGUUCUGUGAUGGAUUUCAAAGUGGAUUUGAAAUGAGCUCCAACAUCUCCACUGUCUUUCUGAAAAUCAAGCGGGUGGAUUUAUCUGACUCUGGACUGUAUUUCUGUGGAUUCUACAAAGACACACAUACAGUCAUUGGCGAUGCAACACAUUUAAAAGUUCAAGGUAAUGGUGAAUCAGACGGUGACAAGGAUUCUGAGACUGAAAAGGAGCCUGAUGGAAUGACAAACCUAAUGAGUGUGAUCCUGGGUGGUGUGACUGUUCUCCUCACUGUAGUCGUCAUUGCUCUGGCUGUUAAAAUCAGAAAACUUCAGACAGCUGUGAAUGAAGAGCUGCAGCCAGAGAGAAACAAGGAUCUGGGCUCAGAUGAACUGAACUACGCAGCUCUACGUUUCCAGGCAAAGCCAAAAAGAAGCCGCAGACCUCCAUCUGAGAGAGAGGUGGAGCCACAUGUUGUGUAUGCUGCCACCAGAUAGACUCAGGAAACAUCUGGAACAGCAGCUCAGAGUGGAACUGAUGCUUUAUCAUAUUCAUCUACUGUUGGGGUUUAUAUGUGGGCUGUGUGUGAGUUGAUUCACUGGCAAAAAAUAAAUCUGAAAUGAUGCUUCUGUAUUUUCUUGCUCAUGUUUCUUUCUGUCUCUGACUUUGUCUGAGAGUCAAAACAACAUGUGUAAUUUGUGACAGAGGAGGAGUCAGAGAGGACA